AGAGUGAGCAGUGGGCACGCAGGCUGUGGCGCCCGAACGCGUACAGUGGCCCUUGCGCUUUCGGAGUGCAAGUAACUCGAGUUAGAUUCAAGAAGUACAACGGUUACGUUACCGGUUGGAUGAUUCAUUUUUCGAUUUUGUGUUGUGCAUUGUGUAUUUAUACGUCGUGAGCAUCGGCGCGUAUCCACGACCUUCAGAAUUCUAACGCUUCAUGUUUGUGAUUAUGUAUCAUAGUUGUUAGACUGGCCGAUGAGAGACGCCGAAACCACGUGCAUCGCUUAAUCGGAAAUUUUAGUUUAGUUCCGUUUCUUGGAUGCAGCAGUCGUUUGGUAACAACACUCACAACGUGCAACAAUUACACUUAAGAAUAACAGUGAUGUGGAUGCGUUUGUGAUACUGCAUCAACAACCCGGUCGACGACGACAAGACAUUCAACUACUAGAGUAUCUCUGCAUUUUGUGUCAAAAAUGCAAAAUAUGAGACAUGAGCUGCUCAACAAUGGGCACGGACAUGCGCCGCAGAUCAUACGUUCAAAAACUGACGCCGACGAGCGAACGCUGCUGGCGCAGCAACCGGUGCGCUUCGAACAGUCAUGGGAAGAGAACAAUCUGCCUGAAGACCAGCUCAACUUCAAGAACCUCAACAUGGACGACGCCGCGCUGCAGACGUUCAUGCCGCGUGAUAAAUACAACCUGGUGUACAUCACCUUCCUCAUCCAUGGCAUCGGUGUGCUUAUGCCGUGGAAUAUGUUCAUCACUGCAAUCAGUUAUUUUACAAGGUACAAACUUUCCGAAGCAUACAUCGGUAAUGUUGAGUUUGCAUACGCGUCGAUUUUCCUCCAGUAUUUGACCUUUGCGGCACAAGUGCCCAAUGUGAUCUUCAACUGGAUGAACAUCUUCGUGCAAAUGGGCGGCAACUUGACCACGCGUAUCGUGUGGAGCAUCAGCAUCGAAGUGGUCAUUUUUAUCCUCACGAUUGCGCUGGCAAUGAGUGAUAGUUCAUCAUGGCCCGGUGUUUUCUUCUGGAUUACAAUGGUUUCUGUCGUUAUAUUAAACAUGGCAAAUGGUAUUUACCAGAAUACAAUUUUCGGCAUGGCGGCGAAAUUGCCAAUCAAGUACACCGGCGCCGUGGUGCUCGGUUCAAACAUGAGCGGUACAUUCACCUCCGUCGUUCGCAUCCUCUCCGACACGUUCGCGUCCAAUGUGCGAAUGUCCGCCAUUUAUUACUUUAUCACAGCGCUCUUCGUGCUGCUCGUCUGCUUUGACACCUAUUUUGCGCUGCCGCUGAACCGCUUCUAUCGCCAUCAUGAACUCAAGGAACAGAAGGAAGCGCAGUUGCAGAUCUCGCAGAAUUCCGGCCGAAAGACGCGCGUGCCCUACUUCUAUAUCUUCAAGAAGUGCCUGCCACAGUUGUGGAAUAUCUUCUUUGUGUUCUUCUGCACAUUGUCGAUUUUCCCGUCUGUUCAUGCAAAUAUUCAAAUGAGCGACCCGGACUUUUUCCUGACCACCACAUACUUUGAGAGUGUAGUUUGUUUCCUUACGUUUAACUUCUGGGCGAUGAUGGGCAGUUUCCUCGCUGGUUUUUAUCAAUUUCCAGGUCCGAAAUAUCUAUGGAUACCUGUUGCAUUGAGGGUUGUUUUUAUCCCUCUCUUUUUGAUGUGCAACUAUCAACUUGAUAAAGUUACGCGCAUACUUCCGGUACUCAUCACUAAUGAUUGGGUGUAUUGGCUCAUUGCCACCGCUAUGGGUCUCACAAGUGGUUACUUCAGCUCGUUGGGCAUGAUGUACGCGCCAAAAGUUGUGGAAACGAAAUAUCAAGGAACGGCCGGUAUGUUUGCCGCCGCUGCGUUGAUCACAGGCAUCUUCAGCGGAAUCUGCUUCGCGUUCAUCUGGCCGUGGUUUAUUGCGCAUGUGGGCUACUAGCACAAGUGUUUGGUGUACGGCGCGGAGAAAACACUCCAGAUACGUUUAUAACGAGCCGAAGCGCAGCGUACACAAUGUUUUGAUUAUUUUGAAUUUAUACUCGCGUUGUUUUCCAUAACGACAACUAUUUGAUAUACCUCGUUCUUCCACAAACAUAAAAAACUAACAAACAAACCAACCAACGUAACCGAGAAAAAUGUGCUCAAACAAUCAUUAUGAAUCUGAAUCAAGUUGAUAAUUGGUAUAGUAGAUGUAUUGUUGAUUUAGAAUGAAGAAAGAAAUCGUAAAUGUUAAGUUUUAAGUUUUACAACUUUUACAAUGAUUAGGGGAACCGACUGAAGAUGUGAGUGUGAAAUUGAUGUGAACAGAUGUAUAUGAAAAGUUAUGCAACCCACAGUCCUCGACACGACUAAGAUUGGCAAUCCAAUAUACACACAACCAAACACAGGGUGUAGAAAAACUAGAGCGAAGUUUUGAAAAACUAAGUUUGUAUCUUAGUUCGGAUGCCAACGCUUACGAAAAUUUGUAAAUCCAUAUUUUUUAUACCCGUGUAUGGCACCUGGUAGCGUUUUAUAUGCAAAUUGAACUGAAAUAUUGAAAUGCAAGGCAAGACAAUAAUUUGUCUCUGAAUAUACAAUAUGUACGCAGCCACAAUAACGAUAAACAAUAAUUUUUAAACCACGCACUCGAAACUAUUGUAUUCCGCACAAAAACGAAGCAAGAACACGUAAACUAUUGAAACAUGUACUGCCAGAUGGUUUUCUAUGUAAAAUUUUUGUAAAAUCUUUUGCCUAACCUAAAUUAAGGUAUCCACACACGUUUUUCAUUCAUUCAUUCACCAAGAUUAGGAUAAUCAAAACGAAAAAUCAUUAAUCAUAUCAUAAGCAAGAUUAUACGGUGACAAAUAUUUAUGUAUACUUAAGACACGCUGUAAAUGUAUCGCCAUGGAUGAGACACGGACACGCUGUAUGUGGCCAGAAACAAACCGCCCGCUGGAUAAGGAAAGAAUUGUUAAUGUUAAGUUUUGAAUCGUUUUACAAUAUUUCGUCUAAAUUUUUAUUUUACUUCUUAAAUCUGCUUAAAUCUCAAGAUUUCAAAUAGGCAUUACUUAUAUUAUACAAUAUGUCCUUAGUUUUUUUUUUGUUUCAACUUAAAUCUACUUUCUAAACAUUUCAAAUGAAAACUUAGUUGCCAGUCAAGAAUUAUUGACAGCGUUAAAAAUAAAAAGUCAUGGAAGAAAUAAUAUUCUGAAAAAAUCUUA